AUGGCCAAGAGGAAGAGAACGAACGGGACUUCAGUUUCGAAGAAUGCGAAACCCAGGAAUGGUGAUGCCACAGGUAGCAAUGCUACAGCUGGCAAGAAGGUCAUUAUCAAUGCAUUCGUUGAGAUGUGCAGCGGUCAUCAGUCGCCAGGACUUUGGCGACACCCGGAUGAUCGCUCGCAUGAAUUCAACAAUGUUGACCAUUGGGUAGAGCUUGCGAAAAUGCUCGAGGAUGCCAAGAUUCAUGGUAUCUUCAUAGCAGACGUCCUCGGUGGCUAUGAUGUGUAUAAUGGAACCCUCGACGCAGCACAAAUCUCCGGUGCGCAAUGGCCGGUCAACGAGCCCUUAGCUGUAGUCAGUGCAAUGGCUGCAGCCACAAAAAGCAUCGGCUUUGGCGUCACAGUCUCGACCACAUACGAGCAGCCGUAUCACUUGGCUAGGAGGCUUUCCACAGUGGACCAUCUCUCGAAGGGAAGUUACCUGGAUUCUGCCGCCCGCAACAUGAGCAUGAAGGAACAGCUACCGGUCAAACAUCGCCGAAAUUCGAGAAAUCGCAUCUUCCCCAGUUCGGCAGAGAUGGCCAAGAACAUCAAGGUCCUUGCUCUUGUCACGCCUAUCUUGGGGAAGACGGAAGAAGAAGCCCAGUCCAAAUUAGCUGAAUACCGCCGGUAUGCGUCGCUCGAGGGUGCUUUAGCACUUUUCUGCGGAUGGACCGGCAUCGAUCUUGGCAAGUAUGGUGAUGAGGAGGAGUUACGGCAGGUUGAAAGCAACGCUGUAAGAUCUACUGUCGAAGGCUAUGCCCGGUUUUCGCCAGGGACCUCCAAGUGGACGAAGCACACUGUCGCUGAGCACGUAAGUGUGGGUGGUAAUGGCCCAAUAUUUGUCGGAACUCCCGCACAGGUUGCAGACGGAUUCCAAGCAUGGAUUGACGAAGCUGACGUUGAUGGGUUCAACAUUUCUUUCAAAGACGUCAUUGAGCUUCUGCUUCCAGAGCUUAGAGCGCGCGGUAUGUUCUGGGACGACUACGCCGUUCCAAAUGGGACGUAUCGCGAAAACUUCUAUGCGAAGAAAGGUCAAACAGGUCCACUAGAUGAGCAUGUGGCAUCCAAGUAUCGAUGGAAGGCUGGGGUCGCAGCUGAAGAUCAUUUGAUACCUGAAUAA